AUGCGCAUGUGUCUCACAGCUGAUGUGGGUGGUUACUAUACCGGUGCAAUUCAGGAGGGCCGAGAUCAGUUUGGCGUCAAAGGUGACUUUGUGACUUCUCCAGAAAUAUCCCAAAUAUUCGGAGAGCUUGUUGGUAUCUGGUUUGUCGCAGAAUGGAUUACCCAGGGGCGACCGAAAAAGGGCGUAGAGCUCAUCGAGGUUGGUCCGGGGAGAGGUACUCUCAUGGAUGAUAUGCUUCGACGCCACGAUACCCCUCCGCCGGAUUUCCAGUUGACUCUGGCCAACUCAUCCACCCGGCACUCUCUCUACCUACCAGAGUCGUCGUCACGCUACAGAGCAUUGCGUUCCACCCCAGACGCCAUCAUCGAGAUAUGUCCGGACGCGGCGCUCUACGCAACCGACUUCGCCGCGCGCAUCGGCGGCUCCGCGCAGUACCCCAAGGACAAGCCGAGCGGUGCAGCACUCAUCCUCGACUACGGCCCGGGUGACGGCACCGUGCCCAUCAACUCGCUGCGUGGGAUCCGGAAGCAUCGCCACGUGAGCCCAUUCGUCGACCCGGGCCUUACCGAUCUCAGCGCGGAUGUCGACUUUGCAGCCAUUGCGGAGGCGGCGCUCAAGGCGAGUGAGGGCGUCGAGGUGCAUGGGCCCGUUGACCAAGGCUACUUCCUCGAGAGUAUGGGGAUCAAGGAGCGAGCUGAGAUGUUAAUCAAGAGCCUUAGGGCACAAGCCGGGGAGGACAGCGCCAAGGCAGCGGACGUUCAGCGCGCCUGUACACGACUGGUAGAUCGGGGGGUGGAGGGCAUGGGAAAGCUCUACAAAGCGUUGGCGAUUCUACCAGAAAACGACGGCAAAAGACGGCCAGUGGGUUUUGGCGGCGAUGUUGGGGCAUAA